AAGCGUCACUCUGAUCGACGGCGUCGCUUGUAGAAGUGUGCGAGUGAGUGAAAAUACGUCUAAAAAACUUUGUUGAUACAUAUAAAUAAACGAGAUGUUAACCAAGAAAAGAACGACGUCGAAAGCCGCCAGUGAAACGGUUGACGACACAGAAAACAAAUCAGCACCAGCAAAAAGAGGUAGAAGUCCGGCAAGAAAAAGUCCGGCGAGAACAAAGCCACCGGCGGAAACACAGAGCUCGCCGCCGAAAAACACGAAAGAAAAUAGUGGAGAUCGAACUAAAAGUCCCAGUAGACGUGGUAGACCUCGAAGCCCAGGCAGACCAAGAAGUCCAGCCAGAGCCACAAAACCAUCAAGUCCAGGCAGGAGUCCUGGGCGUCCUAAAACUAAAAGUGGUUCUGGUGAUGAAAGCCCUGCUAGACAGUUGACCAUUCAAGUGCAAAAUGAUGUGGAAAUUGAAAAGAAAGUUGGCAUGACAACCCGCCCAAAAAGGCAGUUGAUUAUCGUAGAUAGUGAGGAUGAUUCUGAUGCGCCUGAACCAAUAAAAGAGAAACCAAAGGCUGCAGUUAGAGGAAGAACGAGGGCGGACUUGGAAGCUGAGCCAAUUGAAAAAUUUGAAUCCGUGAGGGAGAGUUCAGUAACAAAAGAAUUGGUAAACUCGAUCAGCAGUACUAUAACCCGAGUCACGAGGUCACAAAAUCGUGAAGUAGAACGUAUUGUCCACUUGAAACAAUUCGAUGGCGUGUCAAAGAGGUUGGGUGAAUUCUCUGACGAAGAUGAAGUUACCGAAAUUCAGAGAAAGUCGGAUCUACGUGAGAUCGGCGAAGCCAAAAAGUUUUCCGAAUACUUCGGUAGUUUCGGUAGCUCUCUCCUUAUCUUGCUUAUUCCCUUACUUACCAUAACCUUUUACGUAUCCUGCAGUGUAUCUGAAUGUACGUUUAAUAAACUACCGAAUCUGGAUAAGUACAAAUAUUUGAAGACGUGGUUUGAUUUAAAAACUGCUUUGAUUUAUUUGUGUUAUCUGAACGUUCUUGCCUUUUUGACCGCGCUGCCCUUUGGUGGUAGGCGAGUCAGUGGGUUGCCAAACAAACAUGGUAAACUGGAAUAUAUUACUAACGGACUUUUCUCGUUCACUGUAAUCUUUUCAAUCGUGAUUGGUCUUCAAGUAAAAGGCUUUUCUCCCUUCAAUUAUUUGACGGAACAUUUGUAUCAUUUCAUGAUUAUGGCAAUUCUGUCUGGCAUUUUGUUUAGUGUGGUAGCGUAUGUGAGAAGUUUUUACGUUGGAAUAUCAGCCCUAAACGUUAACUGUGCUGGCAGAAGUCGCGUAUACGGGUUUUUUGUUGGACAAGAGGUCAAUCCAAGGAUUUUCCAAGUCAUUGAUUUGAAAGUCUUUGUAUCCAGACUGUCCAUCAUUACAGCGUUAUUGAUUAACACGACAUAUCUGGCGAAAAGCUUGGGGUUGUUGAACAAAGUCGAUAUUUUGGAUAUCAAGAACUUGCACUACAAUCCCACCGUUUUGGUUUACUAUGCGCUUACCACUUUGUACCUUCUGGAUUCCUUGAUUUCCGAAGAAAAAUGGAUCAGUUCAAGGAAAUUCCACUACGACGGUUUCGGUUACGCCACAGCCACAGGCGGUUUUGUCUAUUCGUUUUGGAUGGCCGCAAUCACAAGACAUGUCGUCGACGGUCGAGUUCGACUGCCGAUUUGGCUGCUGGCUAUCAAUUUGCUGGUGUUUGCGAUCGGUUACGUAUUGUACAGGGUAUCGAAUAACCAAAAGCACGCGUUCAAGAAGAAUCCGUAUUGCCCUUCAGUAGCACAUUAUGAGGGAAUCCCGACUGCUGUGGGAAAUAAGAUAUUGACAUCGGGAUUUUGGGGACAUGUACGUCACCCUAAUUAUUUGGGCGACAUUUUAAUAAAUAUGACGUUCGGUUCAUUUGUCUACUGCACGCCUCUCGUGCUCUCUACAGUCUGUAUUAUCUUGGGUCUCAUUUACAGAUCGACAAGAGAUAACGCUCGCUGUAAGCUAAAAUACGGUGCGGCGUGGGACCGGUAUUGCAGUAAAGUUAAAUAUGUACUUUUUCCUAAGGUUUAUUAAUUAUUCGGUCGAUGACGACGAAAGAUGAUUAGUUACAAUUCUUAUAGAAUAUAUAUUAUUUUAUCUUAUAGAGCAUUCAAGUACAAUUAUUCAUCUUUCAAUGUUCCUCUAUUUGUUGUACAAAUGAAUUUUCGAGGAGUAUAUUUAUAUUUAACUAAUUUCAAAAUUAACUUUUAUAUUAGAAAUGUAUAGAGGGUUAUUUGGACAAAAUUUGAUAUUCCUUUUAAUCAUAUAUCUAAUACUAAUACUGUCAUUAGUAUUGUUAUUAAGAAGUCCUACGUUUUUACAUUUUGAUUUUGUAUAUGUAUUUUUAAUUAUAGUGCAUAUUAUAGGGUUAUCGUAACUGCUCAAAUAUUGUAUAUUUACAAUAGUCUUCCGCAAUUUAAAGUUUUGGUGACUUUAUAUAUUACUUGGUGUUAUUAAUUAUCUAAUAACUGCUUAUUUUUCAAGUAAUUUAUUGAUAUUUUUAAAAUACCAUGACGUCGCUUUGAAUUGUGUGAAAUUAAAUAGCCAUAUCUUAAUAAUUUAUUAAAUUUAUUAUAUUAGGUUGUAAUAUAAUUAAGCCUCUCCAAAAUUUUAUUAAUUAUGUUUGUGUAAUUUCUAAUCCGAACAAAUUUACCAAAUAAACUGUACAUAUUUUGUACAUUUGAUCUCGUAGAUUGUGCAAUGUACAGUAUUUGUUCUAGACAUUACAUUAAUUAAUUAUUAUAAUGUAUAUCAAAAAUUAUAACUUCUAGGUUAUUUGUAAAUAUACUGCAACACAUUACUUUGGUGUUACAAAUUAUGUAACUGUACAAAAAUAUAUAAUAGAUUUUGAAUAUAUUUUUAAAAAAAUA